GUAAACUACCUACCGUAGCUAUAAUGACACCAGCCCUCAGAGAGGCAGCAACAAAAGGUCAUGGUAUCCACUUGUCACCUUCUUUGUCCUCUAGAGCUAUGGAGUCUGAUACAACUUUGUGCAUGGAAAAUUCCAGAGCAGUGGAAGAGAAGAUAAAAGAGGACUCCAUCGCACGGAUUACUUGCUCAGUCCUGGGGUUCCCCACUGCUGAGCCCAACCUCAGGAAUGAUAUCUUCAGUGUGCAGCAUUUUGGUUCUCCACCAUCCUCCAAGCGCUAUCAGUCUGUGUUGUUAAUGAGUACGAAUUCUGCGUUUAGCAACAAAACCGGUAAGCAAAUGAAAGCGGGAGAGCCUGACUGCUCCAAGAUGAGAAAUUCAUUACAUAAUGGUGCUGACACAUCAUUUGGUCAGAUUAGUCAUUCAGAACCUGAGGAACAGGUCAAAGGGGAGACAUUUUCAGAGACCACAUCUCCGAAUUUGGCAGAAACGCAGAGACUUUCGGAUUCAAAUGUAACUGAAUCCAGUAAUGCAGAAGAAAUGCAGCUUUUAAAUGGUAAAUGGUACAAGAAGAAUGGUUUUUUGGGGAGGGCUUUGGAAGUCUGCGCUGAAACAAUAAAAGGGGAUUUAUUACACCAAAUUCUUCACGGGCCUUCAGAAGGGAUUUGCACCCCGGAGGAGGUGUAUGCUCGCUUACUCCAGUGUGUCACUAAGCAACAAGUGGAAAUCAGUCGUGCCAAAAGAACUCAGAAACGUUUACAAAUGCUCCUGGCAAAGCAUGUUAUCAAACACUGUGAUCAGCAGCUGAAAUGCUUCGUGAAACAUCAGCUACAAAGAAUGAAGGUUUUCCAUGAGCCAACCAGAUUUUUGAGCAGUAGCUCCCUCAGGUGCACUGAAGGUUGGCCAGAAAACAAUGCAAGUACUUUGGAGAGUAGUUCGAGUACGGACGUACAGAACGGAGUUAGCAUUGCACCAGGUGAAAUCCGGGGGUUUGCACUUUCUACUGGAGGGCUGCUGUCUCGUGUGGAGAAGGAUCUGGACUCUGAUGCAACAUGUAGCAGCUCGGAUGAAGAUGGUGAGGAACAGACUGUAAGAACAACUGUGGAAGCCAGCUAUACUUCUGAAUGGAAGUGGCUUGCAGACAGAGCUAGAAUUGGCAGCCGUUGGACAUGGCUUCAAGCCCAGAUUUCAGAACUAGAAUACAAAAUCCAACAACUAACUGACCUUCACAGGCAGAUACGUGCCACCAAGGGGAUGGUGAUCUUAGAAGAAUUCCCAUUUCCAAAAGACAUUUUGAAGAAGCAAAUACAAUUGACAGACCAAGAAGCUUUAUUAAACGCCACAGGGAAUUCGCAAGCUGCCACUGAGAGACAGGAUUCUUUGCCGGAGCAUGACUUUGAAAUGUCACCCAGCAGUCCUACCCUGCUUUUACGAAACAUAGAAAAACAGAGUGCGCAACUGAGUGAAAUCAUCAGCAGCCUAAUUGCUCCACUCAAUCUGUCUCCAGCUUCUUCAUCUCUUUCAUCCAAGACCUGUAGGCACAGACAGCUGGUCAAUGGCAUCUCCUUCAGAGCUUCAGACAACAGAGAGGUAUCCUCUUCGAGCAGCUGGUUGCUUGAUCAUCAGCACAUCAAGAAAAGAAGAAGAGACAGGACAAGACUAAGAUCUCUCUCCAUGGCUAGUGUGAGCACAUCUGCCCGAACAAGGCCACUACAUAGUUUCCAGAAGAGGAAACUCUACAGAAUGCAUGGUGCCUGUUACUGGAAUCAGCAGACUUCGCCGUCUAGAGAUGCCUCCUUUCCAUAUAGAACUCAGUUACCAUGUAUGGUGCCAGCUUCUGCUUGGAGCAGUAGUGAGUACAGUGCAGAAUCUAAAAUACUAGAUUAUGUGCAAGAGCUGGACUCUUCCUUCCAUCCGGUCUUAUCAUUCCCUUCAGAUAUUCCUCUUCACAUAUACUUCGAAACAUUAUUAAGGAAGGAUGACAUCAAAGGAGAACCUGUUGAUACCUCAUCUUUGGGAGUGGAGUUUAAAGUAUCUCCAGACAAUGACUAUAAUCAACGUAAUGUUUCUGUCAAACAAUGGAGCAGUGGCUGUUUAUCUAAUUCCAAAUCUCAGUCAGUGUCAGGAACAUCUGACCAGCUGUCAGAAGGAAGAAAGAAAAGACAUCUAAGUGAGACAGCAGUAGGCGAACGUAACGCUAGGUUUGAGACAUUCUCCUUUCAACAUGCAGAACCAGAAUCCCAUAGCAGUUUUGCUGCUGUGACCAAUGUCAAUGCGAUGUCUAGGCCCACUCACAGCACUUCAUCACAGCAUAACUCCAGGAGGAGGUUGAGAAGUGAGAGCUCCUAUGAUAUAGACAACAUUGUUAUUCCAAUGUCGCUGGUGGCACCAUCAAAGUUGGAGAAACUACAAUACAAAGAAAUCCUUACCCCAAGCUGGAGAGUUGUUGAAUUUCAACCUUUAGAAAGAUCUCAUACAGAUGAAGAAGAGAUAGAAGAUCUGUCAGAUGAAGUUUUUUCCUUACGUCAUACAAAAUAUGAAGAAAGAGAGAGAGCAAGGUGGUCGCUGUGGGAGCAGAGCCGCUGGCCCAGGAGGAAUAGCAGAUCUUACAGCAAAAAUGCCGACGGACGACACAGCCAAGAUUCGGUGCAGAAAGACCACCACGGCAGCUCCUGUGCCUCGCUGCAUUGCACCGCUGAACCUGUUGCUGACUUGACUUCGGAAGGCCACAGCUCCGUCUGUUCAGGGAUUGCACAGCUCUGCAGGGAGAGCCAGGAAGUGAAGUCUGGGCUGUGGGAACUUCGAGUUUUUCCACUAAAAGAUGAAGAGGUAGAAGCUUUACUGUGCCAAGAUCAAAUAACAAAUCAGACUGAAAUGUCAAGUGCAGCUUUCCCCAGCGACUCUCUCUGUACUUCGUGCACACCCAUUGGUUUACCAGACAAUGGCCAUCCACCAAGAAAACAAUCGACCGAAGAGUCAGAAGACUGUGAAAACGUUUGCCUGGGAAUCAACAAUACAAGAAAACAAAGGUGACAGGGAAUUAUGUGGUUCAUUAAGAAAGCCAAUUAAGGUGGAGAAAAGUGUAAGGUAAAAUCUCUCUUGUUCACACAGCAUAUGACAGCACAAUUCAAAACCUGUAUGUUAGCUGCAUAUAAUAUAUUUUCUUUCUUGCUUUGUAACAGGCAGGAUAAAUCCCAAAGACAACACUUUCUUCUUCCUGAACCCCAAGAGAAAGUAAUUAUUUCAAGCUGGAAGUCUAAUAUUCCCAGUGUCGGGAGUGGGCGCACAUAAAUUGCUGGCACCAUUCAAUUUCUGUUGUCAUAUUGCCACAUUUGUUAAUAAUCAUCCUUUUCUGUUUUGUUUGUUUUCAAAUGCAUUUCUGGUCCUAGUGGAUUCUGGUGCAGCGGGAGACGCUGUCUACCUUAACCAACAACUUCAACUGAACACAGAAAAACUACUUGACAAAAUUAGUGGGGAGAAGCAAUAGCCUCAGAUUAUUUUCCUGUGUGGCAUGACCAUGGGGCAGAAAUCUGCCUCUCUAAAUGCACGUGUGUAACCCAUGCGUAAGAUAAGGGUAGGUGAGAACCAGCAGUUUCAAAGCAGGCAUUCUGGAAGCCUUGCAUCUAGCUUAAAGUCUGUACUCAGCUCUCAGUAGUGCCAGGGCGUGUUUCAUAUAGAUGGCCCUCAAGCAAUAAGAUAGAAAUA